AAAAAAAAACGAGAAGUAUGGAGGGAGAGAAACCCGUGUGCGUCUGCAGAGCUCCGUAGGUUCGUGCGGUGUUUUGUGCAGCAGUGUGCAGCCUGUAUUUUCAAGUAGGAAUUCGGCUCGUUAUCUCGCGUAGCGGUUGAAAGUAUCGGCCGCGUCGCAGUGGGGAACAACAUCGUCGACACAUACCCUCAUGUCACGCUUGUGUGGCGCAUUGCUGUCAGGAUCGUGCCGUCGUGUCUCAAGUCCGCGGUGUCCGAGUCCAGGGACCGAACAGGCAGUUCUACUCACGUGAAAUGUCAGCGGCCGUCAGCAAUGUGCAGUCCAACGACGGAUCCAAGCGCUACGUUCAUUUCAGCGGCUACCACCGUUUGCAUGGUGCCGCGAACCAGUCAUUGCAGCCUGCCAGGUACAGGAUGCACGCUCUGCGCUACACAGCGACUGCCUUACAGACUGUCGGCCUCGUGUUACUCUACUACUGCUUCUCCAUCGGUAUAACUUUCUACCAGAAAUGGUUCAUCAAGGAGUUUCGCUUCCCCCUGACUGUGGUCAUCUGCCACCUAGUGGUGAAGUUUGUGCUGUCAGGGUUAUUGCGGUUGGCAUACCAGAUCUUCACUGGGAAACCCCGCAUUCUGCUUGGCUGGGCAGUUUAUGUCAAGCAGCUGGCCAUCACAGGAGUAGCCAGUGCACUGGACAUUGGCUUUUCUAACUGGAGCUUCGAAUUUAUUACUGUGUCACUGUACACAAUGACGAAAUCUACUUGCAUUAUAUUUAUCUUGGGGUUUUCCCUUGUUUUUGGACUUGAGCGCAGGCGGUGUUCCCUUGUGUUCAUUGUACUUCUGAUAGCACUCGGACUUUUCAUGUUUACCUACCAAUCAACGCAGUUCAACACAGAGGGUUUUUUGCUCGUUCUUAGCGCCUCAUUCCUUGCUGGGCUCCGUUGGACCCUUGCUCAACUUGUGAUGCAACGCAAAGAAGUCGGUUUAGGUAAUCCAAUUGACAUGAUCUUCCAUGUCCAGCCAUGGAUGAUUCUUGGCCUUCUUCCAUUGGCUAUAGCAUUUGAAGGAAUCCCAAUUGCGACUUCAGAGAAGGUGUUUCGCUUUCGCGAUGCUGAAGUCGUGCUGCGCACGUGCAAGUACGUCCUGGCAGGCUCCUUGCUCGCUUUUUUGAUGGAGCUAAGCGAGUACUUGCUUCUCACGUACACUUCCAGCUUGACACUCUCCAUUGCUGGCAUUAUAAAGGCAAUUUGCACACUGUACCUGGCUGUCAAAUACAGUGGAGAUGAAAUGAGCUCAAUGAAUUUGCUGGGCUUAAUCAUCUGCCUUUUGGGCAUUGCUCUACACAUUGUUGUUAAGUCAUUCAACACUAACGGGCUGGGGCUCGAUUCCAUCAUGCGAGUCACGUGCAUGCUUCUUCCUGGAUCGCUUCUUCCGCUUUUAACAUGCAGAAAGCGGAAGAGGAUACCGUUUACGAGCGUUUGGGGUCAGAGCAAAAUCUGCUGAAUACAGGCAAUGAAGUUGCUGAUGACAGCGAUGAAGAAGUUUGUCACUUUGAAAUGCAGCCGCUAACAAGAAGACAACAGGCUCACCGAAUGGGCUCGUGAUCAGCCAGACGUUGCAAUCCUGCAUUGAAACUUUCUAUGUGUGUCCAACUGCUGAAACUGUAGUGGCCUGCAUCUUGCCGGUGCACUGAACACUCGGAAUAUUCUGCCAGCAGCCAAUGGGAUCAACACAUGUAAAGAGGGAAACAAGACUGUGUUUUUAUUUUAAGAUAUUGCAGACAUUGUCUGUAUUGCUCACUCUCAUGCUUACUUUUUUUUCCUGUAGUCCUUAAACUUGUCUGUCUUCUUUGUUUUUUGGGAACACAAUGAGCACGCUUGGUGCAUAGAAAAGCAUCCAAUGACUUGGUAAUAUUGCUACCAUACAAGGCCUGCCAUACAGCAACAGCUGGGCUUUAAAAAAUGUUAGGACUAUUAUGUGUUUGUCUUCAUACAGUGGCAGAGCUAGGUAGUAACUGCAUGUUGACAGGUGUGCAAAUUAUUCGUAACUAGUAGUCAAAUACGUAGAUUAUUUUUGUUUUUACUGAGGUUCAAUGUAGACAUUCGUUUGGUAACAGGGUUUUCACAUCUUGUAUAUGACAAUUUGCGCUUCCUGCAUCUUCUUCUACGCUGUAAAAGGGUGCAUGAAGUGCAAAAAUGCUGAAAAUGUUUUUUUCUUCUUUUCUUUUUUUUCAUAUUAAAUGGCAUCAUAUUAAAUGGCAGCAAUUCCAGCAACAUAGAAAUAGCCACAUCAAAAUACAUUGUUUUUCAGCUAACUCAGUCUAAGUUAAAAAAAAUUCACGUGUGCAUUACAAGAAUACAACCAACUUAGUAUUUUUCUGUGUCCUCUUGUACAACUCAGAGUAUUUUAAUAGGCUGACGUUAAUAAUUAAUUAGCCAACUUUCAAAGUAUUCCUUUAAUUUAAAAUGUUCCGUGGAAAAAUUGUAGAGCCUGUUAAUAUGUGUCCACAGAGGCAUCAGUUACAGGGUUGCUGGGCUCGCCCCCCUAGGUCUAGACAUAUCGUAUAAUGCUGGAAGAAACCUUGAACAAACAAACUUCACCGAAAGGUCGCGGGAUCAAUUCCCGUCCGGGGCGGCCGCAUUUUUGAUGGAGGCGAAAAUGCCUGAGGCCCGUAUAAUUAGAUUUAGGCGCGCGCUAAAGAACCCCAGGUGGUGUGGUCAAAAUUUCUGGAGCCCUCCACUAAGGCAUCCCUCAUAAUCAUAUCGUAGUUUUGUGAUGUUAAACCCCAACCCCCCCUCCCAUUUGCCUCUGUGUGUCCAUAUAAUUUCUGUCCAUAACAAUACCUACUGUUGUUUUAUUAUUCCUUUUUCUAAGAGAGUGCAUGAGAUUUGAAGUAAAGUACCAUGUAACUAAAUGCUUGCAUGCAGCAACAUUAGUGCCUUGAAGCAUGUUAUUACCAACGAACUAUCAAUGCUGAAUGCGCACAGACUGAAGGUAUGAACAGACCACGAGCAAAAAUGAUAAAAAAUGGCUCCCACACUUAUUUUUUGAUGCAUUGCCUUUCGCCGAAAAAACCUCCUCGCCUUCUGCAUUGUCUGUCAACAGUAAGAACGCUGAUACCAACAAAGCUUCAGGAAUUGAAAUGAACCAUUUAUUGCAUAUCUCCAUUGCCCAGUUCAGUUGAUUGAUUCAAGAGGCAAACUAUCUUAAGAGGUGCAGAAGCGAAGAUCUUUGUAUUUAAUCCACCUCCAUUGCUUGAGGCCUGUUUAUGCCUUCAGAGUGUUUGUGGCAUUGAUCAUUCCUUCGUAAUGUGUUGGAAGGCACUAAUGUUGCUGCGCACAAGAACCUAUUCACGUGAAACUUUUUCUAAUCUCGUGCACUUUCUUGAAGUCUUAAUUGAAGCCACAAUAGCUAUGGUCAUGCAAAUAACUUAAUUAGGCACUAAUUAAUAGGCUCUACUUGUUCUCUGUUGAAGACUUUACAUUUAAUUUAAAGGAAUAUUUUAGAAGUUGGCCAAUUAAUUACAGUUGAUUGUCUGAGCUCAUUUUAUACAUGCUCUUGAGUUGAUCUAGAAGACAGCAAACAAUGCUAGGUUGGUUGCAUUCUUGUAAAGUGCACGUAGAUUUUUUAAAAAUUGACUUGAGUCAGCCCAAAGACCCUGUAUACGAUGUUCACAUCUGGUGCUCAUGCUGCCGACGUCUUGAGUCUUUCUCUAUUGGUGCCUUGUCUAGACUGCUAUGACUGUGGUAUAAUUGAUGAGGCCUGUGUGUCAGCUCCUGCAUGCUUCUGACUGUGAGAGAUUUUACUAUGUCAAUUAAUGAAGAUGUGUUGUUGAAGUUAGUAUGAACGAUUGUUAUAAUUUAUGUAGCCGCAGCCACCACUGCUUGGUGUCUCAGAAUUGCCACGGUGUUAGCAGCAAAAGUAUUGGGCAUUAGUGCACUUAAACCACUUUUCUAAAAUUUUGUCAGCGUUACGUGAAACACACUCUGUGCUAGUACCACAGUGUUUUAGUGCUGCCUUGGACAUGUGUGUGGGUAUUAUAAAUGUCCAGCUACACAGCAGUUUCUUCAGCACACGUUGUAGAAGGUGGGGUGUGAUUAUUAAGAAAUAUUUGUAGUAUCCAGCUAUUGUUGUCUGCACUGCCUCGAUGAUGAGGGGGAAUGUUUGUAACGUUUCAUUUCUUUUUCUGAAAACCUGGAACUAGUACAUAUGUUUUAGACAAUUAAACAUAGUGCACAUGGCUUCUAGCUGUGUGUGUGAACUUUUUUAAUCGGACACAGAGAGCAAUAUUUGUUGAGGAGUAAUAUGCACAAAUAUAUGCUAGUCUCCGUAAACACUAGUCUUAUAGGGCUGAGGAGCAGACGUGAGUGUUAAAAAUUUAUACAAAUGCAUGCUGUUCCUGUAUGUAGUUGUAAAUACGGCAAGUUUUCCAGGAUGCCAGAUAUGUAUGAGUAUGAUUUCAACUAUAUGGCACCUGUGUGGCAAGAUUCACCCCCCCCCCUCCUCCUUUUUUUAAAAAUAAAUAUGGACAUAUGGCAAGAUUCAUCACCCUUUGUUCUUAAGAAAUGAAGACAUAUUAUAACUUGUACUGCUUCUUAAAACUUGUCAGUGAUCAGACAGGUUUCUUUGCAAAUGGAGCCAGUAAUUCAAAUCUUGGAAACUGUGCAAGAAAACCAAAUCAGGCAUAUUUUUUUUGCCAUUGCCAAGAUGUUGUGACAUAUGUACCAACAAGCUCAGUUUAAAAUGCUUCUGCAGGCAUGAAUGUUUUGAUAAGGCAGGUCAAAGACUUGUCAGGGGUUGAAGUCUGGGGCCAUCUGUCGUGCAUUGCCUGUACAGCUAGAUAAGUUAAUUUAUGCUCAUGAUUGUUUCCUGUGAAAUGAAAGGAAUCAAGUCAGCAUUUCUAUUUUGCUUUAUGAGUAUCCUAUCUUGUGUUCUUCAAGCAUGGGGUUUGGAAAAUGUGAUACGUGCUUCAUUCCACUGAGGUCUUUUUAUGUGUGUCGUAGGUGUGCGUGUCUUGAAAUAUUUUAUUUUUUCUAGCAAUAAAACAAUGAAUGUGGGAGAAA